AGCAUUACUGACUUGUGACCAGCACAGCAGUUACCUGACGUGUUUGGUGGCAAGUACGUUCCCCCUGCACUGGCCAGUUCAGGAGAACGACGACAUCUAACGCAGCAGCGCUGCAGCCGCGCUGGGGCUUCAGCCUCGUCUCGAGCGGCUCCGUGGACAGACGUACCCUCUGCACAGCUUGUACGGCGUUCGCGCCUGGGGAGGAGUCGCGCUGGGGUGGCUGCUUCUCCUGAUCUGCGGUCUUGUGACUGUCGGGGCCAAAAGGAAACCCGAGGCCCCUGAGGAGGGGCGCACGCCGUCGGUGCCUGCCAGAGCAGCGCCAUACCGUGCCGCGGAGCGCGGCAGGGCGCCCGCAGGCAGAGCUGUCAGCUUGCCUUCCCCUCCACGGGCGGGCUGCCUCCCCUCAGCCAGGGGACCGGGGCAGAAACCUGGGCGGCCGCGGGGAAGCACUCGGCCUUUGCCGUUGCCAGCCGGCUGGUGCCCUGCUCUGUGCUGGCCCGGCUCCUUGCUCCCGCAGCCCAUGCCCGGUCUCUCCCUGCCAGCAAGCAGGAGCUGCUCUGUCCCUCCACUCAGAGGCUGAGGGAGCCCAGCGGCUUUGCCAGAGCAUCUGGGGUCCCAGCUGGGUCGAGGUGAGGGGCCCGGAUGUGACUGCAAGGUGCAGCUCUGUCCCAAGGCUGCCCCCACCACCACUUAAACCCGGGAGGAAAAGUGGUUCAGUGCAGAGCCCAAGGCUUCUCGGAUGCUUUGGAGCUGAGAGCGGAGCCAGCUUGGCGCACCGGUGGCCUUGCAGCGGGGAGGGGGCCCAGCGGCUGGCGCUGCCUGGCCCUGGGCACCGUGGGCAGGACACCUGCCGAGCAGGCGGCGUGCCAGGGCCGGACACGGUGAUUAAUGCUCUGAUGGCAGCUAAGCCCCUCUGCAAACACGCUUUAAUAUCCGAUACGGGGAGAUGGGCCAGCACCUGCGAACGUGCCUGCGGAUUAGGGGCGGCCGCGCCACAAUCAUCCGCGGAUACUGCCUCAGAUUAAGGAGCCCAGGAGAGGAGCAAGAAGGCCCCGUGGCGGGGAGAGCCGCACGCCUGAGAGUGGUGGUGAGGGUCCGGCCCCUGACCUGCGUGGAGACGCGCCGAGGGGACCGGCGCGUUGUGCACAGCCUCGGCGACAGCACCGUCCACGUGAGCGCGGCCAGGCACGACGCCACCUUCGGCUUCAGCGCCGUGUUCGACUCGGGCACCUCCCAGGAAGCCGUGUUCGAAGGCAGCGGGAUGAGGCAGCUCGUGGAGCUGGCGCUAGACGGCUUCGCCUGCACCGUCUUUGCCUUCGGACAGACGGGCUCGGGGAAGACCUACACCCUAAUGGGGCCUCUCGCGCAGGUAUGGGGCUGUCCCCCUCCUUCACCUGAGCCUGGUUGCGGGACAGGCUCUUCUCACCCGGACCGUGGGCACUGGGGUGGCGGGAGCAGGCAGGUGGUGCCGCUGGGGACCCAGAGCUGCUGCGUGCCGGGCCCCUGCGCCGCUCUCGCUCCCGUGUCUCCGCAGAGCGAGGCGCAGCCGGCAGCUCCCUGUCUCCUGGGGCUGAUGCAAAGGUCCUUUGCGUGUCUCCUGGAGCAGAGCCGGGGCGCUGGCCUGGCUCUCAGUGCCUCCUACGUGGAGAUCUACAAUGAGCAGGUCAGGGACCUGCUGAGCCCGGGGCCACCUUGCGCCCUGCCCCUGCGGUGGAGCAAAUCCAGGGGCUUCUACGUAGAGAACCAGCUCAGCGUGGAGUUCGAGAGCCUGGAGGCCAUCGCCAACCUGCUCCUGGAAGGGUCCCGGCGGCGCCGGAGCUCUGCGCACGCCCUCAACAGGCACUCGAGCCGCAGCCACGCUCUUCUGACCGUCCACGUCCGCAGCCGGGCUCCCAGCGCCUGCCCCGGCCAGCUGGGCACGCUGUGCUUCGUGGACCUGGCCGGCAGCGAGCGGGUGAAGGACACAGGCUCCACCGGGGAGCUCUGCGUGGAGGCCAACAACAUCAACCGCAGCCUCCUGGCCCUAGGACACUGCAUCUCUCUGUUGGCCAAACCCGGAGGGAAGCGGACGCACAUCCCCUACCGGGACAGCAAGCUCACCCGGCUGCUGGCCCGCUCCCUGGGCGGCUCGGGCGUCACGCUGAUGGUCGCCUGCGUCUCCCCGUCGUCGCGCUGCCUCUCGGAGACGCUGAGCACGCUGCACUACGCCAGCCGGGCCCGGAGGGUCACCGCCAGGCCCGCGGCCAGCAGGGUGCCCCGGGAGAAGCUGCUGCAAACCUUGGAGGAAGAAAUCCGGGCCCUACAGCUGGAAAACCUCUCCCUGCGCCAGCAGCUGUGCUUGCCCCGGCUGCCGGCGAGGAGCGCGGCGGAGGCUGCCGCCGGGACGCCCGCGCGGGCCGGGGCGGGAGGCAGACGCAGCCGGGCAGGGCGGCGGCGGCAGCCCCCUCUCGAAGGGCUGCACCCCACGGCGGUGGGCGAGGGCAGCGCGGCCGGGACCCCGCAGAGAGCCCCGGCCUGGCCCAGCCUCUACGGCCUCCUGCGGGACUUCGUGGUGGAGAACGAGCAGCUCGGGCGCGGCGGGUGCCCAGCGCUCCCCGGCACGCGCAGGAGCCGCGAGCCGGGAGCCGAGGCGCCGGGAGCUGGUGGGGCGGCUCCGGGGGGCGGCUGGAGCCCCCCGGCUGCACGGGACCCCACGUCAGACGAGCCCUCCCGGGGGUGGGGGUGCCUGUGCCAGGGGGGCUUUGGCAGCGCGUGCAGGGGGCACGAGGGCUCUCGCCCCCGUGGGCCUGGCCCCGUGCCGUGUGCCGCCCACUCCCAGAGCGGCAGCGCCACAGGGAGCCCCAGCGCCCUCGUCCCGCUUGGAGGCCCGGGCCUGGAGGCCUGCUGGAGGCUGCCAGCCUCCUGCCCCACACCCUUGCUGCCCUCCAGGCAACCCCGGCCAGCUCCAGACCACAUCGGUGACGUCCCGGCCAGCCCAUCCCACGGAGCCACCCGCAGCGCCUGGAGCACCCGUGGCCCCCACGGCUCGCUGGGACACGCCGUGAGGCUCCUCCAGCCCAACGUGACGCCUGGCUCCAGCUCCCAGGCCACGCUCCUGAAACCGCCCCCCACCUCCAGCUGCCUCUGCUACCCGCCGUGCCUCCAGGGCUGCCCUGAGCCAGCUGGUGCCAUCGUGUCCCAGGUGCUGCCAGGCCCCCCUCCAUCCCAGCCAGUCCCUGCCAAGGGAAGUGCCAGCAUCCCACCACCCGGCCAAGAGGAUGCAGCUCUGCCCCGCUCCCGUCAGCUCCCUGAGCACCCCCAGCCAAACCAGGCAAAGCGCAGGAGCCAAGGCAGGAGCAAGAGCUCAUCUCAGCGGCACCUGCUCCGAAGGAAAAGCCGGAACCAGCACUGUCCUGAACGCAGGACCAGCCCCGAGGAAAAGGUCAUCCCUUCGGCCCCCCCAUGGCCAGGACUGCCGGAGCCGAGAGCCGCCGGAGCUGUCCCUGUCCCGCAGUGGGAAGAGGCCCUGGACUGGCUGGCGGAGCAGAUCUGACCAGCCUCAGUCCAGCUGGAGCGUCAGCCCCAGAUGCAGCACGAACUGGGUCCAGCGGCCGAGCUCCGGCACAGCCCACCCACGGUUUUAUCUGAGCGGACAACCAGGUUCUGUGGGGCCACUGGGACCUCUGACUGCAAGGACUGCACAAACCACAGCUGUCUGGCGACUCAUGGACAGACAGACAGACAGACACAGCUCCCCGGCCUGCAGUGCACUCAGUUUACUGGGGUCUAGCUAGAGGCUGUGCUGCAGGGAGGCUCCGGCUGGGCCCGUCUCAGGUGCUCUCCUCCCCGGGCUGCGGGCAGUUCAGCCAGUACUGGGCGAUGGAGCGCGGGUAGCGGGGCCGCACCAGGUCCACGCGCUUGGUGCGCAGGUUGACGCGGUAGUACUUGUCUGGAGGAGAGGACAAGCAGCCGUCAGGACUGCCCGGAGGCAGAGCCACGAGGGAGCUGCCAGCCCACGCUGCCCCCUCGCAGGAUCCCGGAGCUGAGGUGGGCUCACAGAAGUCGCAGGGCAAGGUGAGGCCUCGCCAUGCCCAGGCAGCUCCGAGGCGGCGAGAGCUGCCCCUCCCGCAGCUCUGCCCUGCUGCCCCGGUCCCGCAGCCUCAGACUCACCUCCUACGAAGAAGUAGACGCUCUGGAGGGUCUCGCACUGGGAGCCCGAUGGCCAGUCACUUUCGAUGCCCGCAGACUCAGAGUCGUUUUGCAGCCAGCUCCAGAAACCCAAAUUCAGCGACCGGUGGCUCUUGUACCUCUUACGCUGGCGGCGAGACUUCCUCCUCCGGGGCUGCUGAGCUGCCACGUAGAUCCUGCCGGCCAUGGCAGCGUCCAGCCGGCUGGGCACCCCCCGCCAGUCUCUGCUGAUGAACCGCGGGCCGCUCGCCCCGGCUGGCAAAGAGGCAGAGGUUGAGUGUAAGGGGCAGUAAUGCCCAGGGGCCAGCAUCCCCCUGACUGCACUGAGACCAAUCCCACGGAGAGGCCUCCGCCACUCCGGAGACCCACGGCACAACGCUGCUCCAAAGGGUGCCCAGCCCAAAGAGGAAGCGUGAUGUGGUCGGGGCUGGGCAGAGCCAGGAGCCCUGAUCUCACCACCGCCUUGGCUGGGAACAACCCUGCGGGUUCUGAGCUCCCAUCUCCUCCUCUCCGCCUUUCAUUUCUCUUGCCCAGCCUUGGGGUUUUCCUGUGGCAACUCUGGCUC